AUGGCAUCUGGAAAUACUGCUCCACAGAACUUUCGAAAAGCUCUCGGAGCUUUGAAAGACUCAACAACGGUUGGAAUGGCAAUAGUUAAUAGUGAAAACAAGGAUAUGGAUGUUGCCAUUGUCAAAGCCACAAAACACGAUGAAGUCAUUCCAAAGGAGAAACAUGUACGAAAAAUCUUGCUCUCAUUAUCAUCCGCGAGCCCUCGAGCUGAUGUCGCUUACUGCAUACAUGCGCUUGCUCGGCGCCUCUAUAAGACACAUACUUGGACGGUGGCUUUAAAAACUUUGAUUGUAAUUCAUCGUGGUUUGAGAGAAGUUGACGCAACAUUUCAACAAGAACUUAUUAGUUAUAAUGACAGCAGAGGGCAUCUACUCAGCCUAUCACAUUUUAAGGAUGAUUCAACCCCCAGAGCAUGGGAAUGUUCAUCCUGGGUUCGCUGUUAUGCUUUAUAUCUUGAAGAAUCCCUGGAAUGUUUCCGAUCACUGAAGUUUAAUAUCCAGAAGGAUUACUCGAAAAGCAAAGUUGUUGCAUCUCCAGAUUUGCUAGAGCAGUUACCCAGAUUGCAACAACUUCUAUUCCGUCUGCUUGAUUGCCAGCCAUCUGGAGGAGCUCAAUACAACUUCUUGAUUCAGUAUGCUCUUUCAAUAGUUGCGGCUGAAAGUGUUAAGCUAUACGUGACAAUUACGGAUGGCAUUGUUAAUCUGGUUGACAAGUUUUUUGAGAUGCAGCGCCAUGAUGCAAUCAGAGCACUUGAAAUUUAUAAGAAGGCAGGAAAGCAGGCAGAGCAGCUGUCCGAGUUCUUUGAGUUCUGCAGGAACUUUGAGUUUGGAAGAGGGCAAAAAUAUGCUAGAAUUGAACAAGCGCCUGCAUCCUUCUUGAUAGCCAUGGAAGAAUAUGUAAACGAUGCUCCACAGACUAUAAUGAUGAUUGCCUGGAAGGGGAAUGAUAAUGACAAAAUGGGAAAUCCCGAAGAAAUUACUGCAGAAGAGACUAGCUUAGGUGUAAACCAAGAGCCAGAUGAUGAGACACAAAAGUGUUCAAGCGAAUCAGACCCCUCGAUGGCGACUAAUGACAAGGGUGAUACUAAAGAUACAGCGCUGAUUGCAGAUUUGCUGAAUUUGGACGAUUUGUCACCAGAGCCUAUUAUAGCUGAUACAAAUCCCCUAGCUCUAGCAAUUACCACGCAACCUGCUGAUCAGUCUAGUACACCUCCUGUCACUGACCUGAUGACCCAAUCUAAUUGGGAGCUUGCACUUGUAUCCACGCCAAGUUCGGGUCUCACACCUAUAACAUCUAGUACCAUGGGAGGUGGCAUAAACAGAUUGACCCUGGAUACUUUAUAUGAUGCCGCAUUGGCGCAGAAAAAUCCAAAUGGAAUCUACGAAGUAACAGGAGUCUCGGCAUCAAACCCUUUUGAAGAUUCAGCUUAUUCGUCAAACCCGUUCUUUCUUCCUACAAAUGCAGGACAGCACAUUGAUGCUCAAGUCUUGAGUAUUACGCAGAAUGAAGAACCUCUCAUGCCACAACCUCAGCAAUAUUUGGUACCAGGUCAUGAGCCUUCAAAUCCUUUUGGGAAUCCAUUCAUUGUUGACCAAGGAACCUCUUAUCCAUCACACAAUCAGUCUCAACAAGCCGGCUAA